AUGCGGCACAGCGUGGUGCUUGUGGCGGUCUUCUUGUUGGGCUGCCUCUCGUCGCUUCCGCUGUCGGUGAUCGGUAUCCCCGAGGCGCAUCGAAUCAAAAGUGUGCCCUACCACCGUCAGCUGACCGAGUACUCCUGCGGGGCUGCUUCCUUUGCGAUGGCGAUGGGGCACGCGACGGGGGAGGAGCUGGAUCAGAGGGCCAUCAUGGACGUCCUGCGCACCUCCGAGGCCCUGGGCACGUUCAGCGGCGACAUGGUGCGCGGUGGGCAGUUCAGCCACAUGAGCGGGGCCCAGGGGCGCCAGUUCCCCGAGCAGGCGCCCACACGCGGGUGGGACUGCAAGAGGUGGCCCGACCAGCUGGGCCUUGGCGCCUUUGGCCAUCGACGGAUGACCUGUUGGCUCGACGAGCUCAAGGCCGCCAUCGCACAGGACAUUCCCGCCAUCAUUCUCAUGGAGCUUGGCGACGUUCCGUUCGACGGGCACUACCGGGUGCUGGUGGGGUACGAUGACCGGUCGCGCAGGGUGACGCUGCUCGACCCGUGGGACCGGGACGGCGUGCCGCGCGAGGUGGAGUACUCCUACGAGGUCUUCUGUGGGCUGUGGGCCUACGUCGAGCGCCUCGCCAACGCCACCUACCCGCCCAACUUUGCCGCCAUCGUCGCGCCGUGGCGCAUCCAGAUCGAGCAACACAAGGAGGGCAACAACCUUGCCACGAUGGUCGCCAGCAUCACUUACACCUGCCCGGAGCCGUUCUGCCCCGUCACCGCCGGGGAGAAGGCGGUAGCAGCCUUCGUGGCCACGAACGUGACUGCCCGCAUAACCCUGCCGCCCAACCUCCCGCUCAGCAAGGGCAGCCUCACGCUCGACCUCGGCACCCUCCAACCGGGCAGCACCGUACAGGCCAAGUGGCAAGUGACGCGCAUACCCUUUGCCAAGACGGGUCCUGUGGUGGUGGAUGCCUGGGGCUUGAUCAGUGGCUCGCUUCCCGCCGUUCCCAAGCUCAACUCCUCCACAUCGCACUACCCGGCCUACACCUACGUGGACGCAAUCGGCGGCUCAGGCACUCUUUCUCUCUUCUAG